AUGGGUACCAAGCCUGACAUCACUCUUUACACUGCGUCAACGCCAAAUGGGAUCAAGGUUCCGAUCCUGCUUGAGGAGCUUGGGCUUGAGUACAAGAAAGAGACCUGGUUCCUGGAGAUCAAUCCCAAUGGCCGGAUCCUUGCAUUCACGGAUACCUGGGCAGAUGGGAAGAGAAUAUGUGUCUUUGAAAGUGGAGCCAUCCUUGAAUACAUUGUUGAUUGUUACGACAAAAACUAUAGAGUCUCGUACCCAAAGGACUCCCGUGAGCACUGGGAGGUAAAAAGCUGGCUCAUGUGGCAGAUUGGUGGCUUAGGGCCCAUGCAAGGACAGCUAGAGCAUUUUAGGAGAUACGCAGCGGAGAAGAUCGAGUACAGUAUUAGCCGCUACGACAAUGAGACCCGUCGUCUCUAUCGCACCAUGGAAACCCAACUGGCUAAGUCUCGUAAUGGUUUCCUCGUCGGCGACCGCGUUACUAUUGCCGACAUAGCUUGCUGGGGCUGGGUUUCCUCUCACACUUCGGACGGGGUCUCUCUCGAUGAUUUCUCUCAGCUGGAAAAGUGGCUGUAUAAGCUCUUGAAACGCCCAGGCUUCGAGAGAAAGGCCGUCACGUCACGAAGCGCCGCACAGCGUUUGACUAGUGAAACAAAUUCAAGCGAUGAAGACCUAGAGAUACAGGUGGUGGCACCUUGGACCUGA